AUCCAUUAAGAGUUUCUUCCUCUCCAGAUAAGUAAAUGAAUGAAUGAAUGAAAAAGCAUUCAUUAAAUGCUAACUUUAUACCAGACAUUAUACAAAGCUACACAGAAAAAAGAGUUCCUAAAGAGAUUAUAGGGGCAUUUUAAGCCUUCAGGGAUCCUAUAUGGUGACAGGGACACUACACAUAUAGUCUAGUGGUAGCCCGGGAGCAGUGUAGGUACUCCCUCCACUGAAACAGAUGGUCAACUUCCUGGAUUGUCAAAAUCUUCUACAUCUUGUAGCUAACCAAAGGUAUAUUUACUUUUCCAAACUAAGCUCAUCUGGUCCUCAGAGAUGGACACAGAAUACAUUUCCAUUUGAUACACAAAGUCUCUCCAACUUCCUAAGACCUUUCAAAGCCUGUGUUCUCCUAGCUCAGGUUUUGAUAAUCCAAGGUCAUGAUGAGGCUUUAUAUGAAGGAGUUUAAGUUGAAUAGAGUGCUUGGUACUCAGGUUAAAAAAUCAAUUUCACUAGGAGACAAUGAAGGUGAGAUGUUAUGGAGAAAUAAAUCUAGGGUUUUCAGUGAGUGCUAAUUUAAUAUGUACCAAAAGCAUGUCAAGGCAACUAGAAAAGAUAAUGCAAUUGUAGGUUGCAAAAAAAAAAAAAAAAAAAAAAAAACAACAACAUAGUUUCCACAAGAAGGGAGAUGAUAGUUCUCAUGUAUUGCUCCAUGGUCAAAGCCCAUUUAAAAUUACUGUAUUAGAUUUGCAUAUCGUAUUCUAUAAAAAACAUUGGAUUUUGUCCAGGGAUGAACAGCUAUGAUGGAUGAGAAUAUUGGAAACUACAUCAUAAAAGCAUCAGUUAAAGAAACUGGGGGUGCUCUGUCCAGAGGAGAGAGUGUUUAAAGAGUUUAUGAUCAAGUUGGAGAAACAGGAGAAAGUAACAAUUCUAAUUCACAUUUCCAUAGUGUUUUAAGUUUUGCAAUGCAUUUCCACAACAUUGAUAAUAUAAUAACAACUAGCACAUAGGUUGCUUUAAAGUUUAUGAAAUGUGUUAUUUCGUUUGAUCUUUACAAUAACCUUGUGAGAUAGGUACUUCUUAUCCCCAUUUGGCAGAUGAGGAACCCGAGGCUGGGAGUAAUUCAGGUGCUAUUAUUUUUGCUAUAAUCCCCAUUUUGAGGAAAAGGAGACUGAAAGACUGAAAACUGAAGACUGAAGACUGAAAAAGGUUACAUUACAAGUUCAGGAUCACAUUCCAGCUAAAGAGUCUAAGGUGGAAUUUGAACGCAGGUGUUUCUGAUUCCAAAUCCAGCACUCAAUCUAUUAUUCGUUUUAGCUAAUCUGGGAAGUAGGUAAUCCUCGUCUACUAAAACUCACAGUCCAUGGCCAAGACAGGAUUAUAAUUGAUGACUUCUUACUCUGAAUUCAAUGUUCUUACCAAAGCUCUAGGCUGUUUCUAGAGAGCCCUGAAUUUCCUGGGAAGGAGCAGAGGCAUGAGAAUUAAAGUCAGUUAUAGGUAGUGAAUUGCAAGCAUUGGAUUUGCUGGUCCGAAGCAAGAAAUCUGCCUCAGGGAGCAUGAAGUGCCAGUGUACUGUUAUGGGAAGGAAGGAGGGUGGGAGUGGAUGGGGAGUGAGCCGAUAGCAACAGACUUUGAGGAACGCAGGAGAUUAUUAGUUUAGGUCCUUGGAACAGGGGAACAAUCUGACCAAAUCACUGUGUGUGAAAGAUGAUGUAGCUACUUAGUAUAGAAGGAAACAAGAACAAACCUAAGAACAGGAGAACACUUAAGGGAUUGUGGGAGAAGCUGACCAUGGCAUCCGGGACUAUGGAUGAGAGGUGGAGGAAGAAACGGUUCCAAGAGUCAGAUUUGAUUGUUGGGAGGACUUUGUUUUUGGAUGCUGAAAAUCGUCCAGUGGGCACCAUGGAUGUGAAGGAAAGGAAGCCCUACCGUUCCCUGACCAGGCGCCGGGACACUGAACGCCGCUAUACCAGCUCCUCGGCAGAAAGUGAAGAGGGCAAAGUACCCCAAAAGUCCUACAGCUCCAGUGAGACACUGAAGGCCUACGACCAAGAUACCCGCCUAACUUAUGGCAGCCGGGUCAAAGAUAUGGUGCACCAGGAGGCGGAUGAGUUCUGCCGAGGAGGUGCCAACUUUACUCUUCGAGAGCUGGGGCUCGGAGAGGUGACCCCACCCCACGGAACUCUGUACCAGACAGACAUAGGCCUGCAUCACUGUGGCUACUCCAUGGGGGCCGGCUCAGAUGCGGAUGCUGAGGCUGAGGCUGUCUUGUCCCCCGAGCAUCCCGUAAGACUGUGGGGUCGGAGCACCAGGUCUGGGAGGAGCUCCUGCCUUUCGAGCCGGGCCAACUCCAAUCUCACCCUCACUGACACUGAGCAUGAGAACACAGAGACUGGUCGUCCCUUGCAUUGUUCAUCUGCUUCAUCAACCCCUAUUGAGCAGUCCCCUUCCCCUCCCCCCUCCCCACCGGCCAAUGAGAGCCAGAGGAGGUUGCUAGGUAACGGUGUGGCCCAGCCAACCCAGGACUCUGACUCUGAGGAAGAGUUUGUCCCUAAUUCAUUCUUAGUUAAAAGUGGCUCCGCAAACCUCUGUGUCCCUGCCAAUGAUCACCCAGCAAGCCUUCAGAACCCGUCCAGAUUGCGGACUCCACCUCCUCCACUAUCUCAUGCCCACACCCCCAACCAGCAUCACGCUGCCUCCAUCAACUCCUUGAAUCGAGGCAACUUCACACCACGCAGCAACCCCAGCCCAGCACCAACAGACCACUCUCUUUCCGGAGAACACCCUGUCGGCCCCCCAGAGUCUGCCCAUGCGCAGGACAACUGGUUACUCAACAGUAACAUCCCACUGGAAACCAGAAACAUAGCGAAGCAGACAUUCCUAGAGACUUUGCAGGACAACCUCAUUGAGAUGGACAUUCUCACCUCCUCCCGCCAUGAUGGUGCUUACAAUGAUGGGCACUUCCUGUUUAAGCCGGGAGGUACAUCGCCCCUGUUUUGUACCACGUCUCCAGGAUACCCGCUGACGUCCAGCACUGUGUACUCUCCUCCCCCUAGGCCCCUCCCUCGAAGCACGUUUUCCAGGCCUGCCUUUAACCUUAAGAAGCCCUAUAAGUACUGUAAUUGGAAGUGCGCUGCGCUCAGUGCCAUCAUCAUCUCCGUCACCCUGGUGGUCCUGCUGGCGUAUUUUGUUGCCAUGCACCUGUUUGGCCUAAACUGGCACCUGCAGCCGCUGGAAGGGCAGAUGUAUGAGAUGACGGAGGACACAGUCAGCAGUUGGCCUGUGCCAACAGACGUCUCCCUGUAUCCCUCGGGGGGCACAGGGUUAGAGUUACCUGACAGGAAAGGCAAAGAAGCCGGAGAAGGAAAACCUAGUAGUUUCUUUCCAGAAGAGAGUUUUAUCGACUCGGGAGAAAUUGAUGUGGGGAGACGAGCAUUUCAGAAGAUCCCUCCAGGUAUUUUUUGGAGAUCUCAGGUGUUCAUAGAUCAUCCAGUGCAUCUGAAAUUCAAUGUGUCCUUGGGAAAAGCAGCUCUGGUUGGGAUUUAUGGCAGAAAAGGCCUUCCUCCUUCACACACACAGUUUGAUUUUGUGGAGCUCUUGGAUGGGAGAAGACUCUUGACUCAGGAGGUGAGGAGCUUGGAAGGCCCUCAGCGCCAGUCCCGGGGCUCUGUCCCUCCCUCCAGCCAUGAGACUGGCUUCAUCCAAUAUUUGGAUUCUGGGAUUUGGCACCUGGCUUUCUACAAUGAUGGAAAGGAAUCUGAAGUGGUUUCUUUUCUCACCACUGCUAUUGAAUCUGUGGAUAAUUGUCCAAGCAACUGCUAUGGGAAUGGAGAUUGUAUUUCUGGAACUUGCCACUGUUUCCUAGGUUUCUUGGGUCCAGACUGUGGUAGAGCCUCCUGUCCUGUGCUUUGCAGUGGAAAUGGACAGUACAUGAAAGGGAGAUGUUUGUGCCACAGCGGCUGGAAAGGAGCUGAAUGUGAUGUGCCCACCAACCAGUGCAUUGAUGUGGCCUGCAGCAACCGUGGCACGUGCAUCAUGGGGACCUGCAUUUGCAAUCCAGGCUACAAGGGAGAGAGCUGUGAAGAAGUGGAUUGCCUGGAUCCCACCUGCUCUGGACGAGGAGUCUGCGUCCGAGGUGAGUGCCAUUGCUCCGUUGGCUGGGGAGGAACCAGCUGCGAGACACCAAGGGCCACAUGUUUGGACCAGUGUUCAGGCCACGGAACCUUUCUUCCUGACACGGGAAUCUGCAACUGUGAUCCCAAUUGGACCGGACAUGACUGUUCAAUUGAGAUCUGUGCAUCGGACUGCGGAGGCCACGGAGUCUGCAUGGGAGGCACCUGCCGCUGUGAGGAUGGCUGGAUGGGGUCGGCCUGUGAUCAGAGGGCCUGUCACCCUCGCUGUAAUGAGCACGGGACCUGCCGGGAUGGGAAGUGUGAAUGUAGCCCUGGCUGGAAUGGAGAACAUUGCACCAUUGAAGGCUGUCCUGGUUUGUGCAACGGGAAUGGCAGGUGUACCCUGGACCUGAAUGGAUGGCAUUGUGUUUGUCAGCUGGGCUGGAGAGGUGCAGGCUGUGACACUUCCAUGGAAACUGCAUGUGGAGAUAGCAAAGACAAUGAUGGAGAUGGCUUGGUGGACUGCAUGGAUCCUGAUUGCUGCUUACAGCCCCUGUGUCACGUCAAUGCUCUGUGCCUGGGGUCUCCCGACCCUGUGGACAUCAUCCAGGAGACACAGGCCCCCGUAUCCUCACAGAAUCUGCGCUCCUUCUAUGAUCGCAUCAAGUUCCUCGUGGGAAAAGACAGUACACACAUAGUCCCUGGAGAGAACCCCUUUGAUGGAGGACACGCCUGCGUGAUUCGAGGUCAAGUGAUGACAUCUGAUGGAACUCCACUGGUUGGUGUGAACAUCAGUUUUGUCAACAACCCUCUCUUUGGGUAUACCAUCAGCAGACAGGAUGGCAGCUUUGAUUUGGUGACAAAUGGUGGGAUCUCCAUCAUUCUGAGGUUUGAGCGAGCGCCUUUCAUCACUCAAGAGCACACACUCUGGCUCCCGUGGGACCGCUUUUUUGUCAUGGAGACUAUCGUCAUGCGACAUGAGGAGAACGAGAUCCCAAGCUGUGACCUCAGCAACUUUGCCCGCCCCAACCCUAUCGUCUCUCCAUCCCCCCUGACGGCCUUUGCAAGUUCCUGUGCAGAGAAAGGCCCUAUUGUUCCUGAAAUCCAGGUUUUGCAGGAAGAGAUCAGCAUCGCAGGCUGUAACAUGAAGUUGAGCUAUCUGAGCAGCCGGACUCCGGGCUACAAGUCUGUCCUGAAGAUCAGCCUUACCCAUCCCACCAUUCCCUUCAAUCUCAUGAAGGUGCAUCUCAUGGUAGCUGUGGAAGGACGCCUCUUCAGGAAGUGGUUCGCUGCUGCCCCAGACCUCUCCUACUAUUUCAUCUGGGACAAGACUGAUGUGUACAACCAGAAGGUGUUUGGUCUCUCUGAAGCCUUUGUUUCUGUUGGGUAUGAAUAUGAAUCCUGCCCGGAUUUGAUCUUAUGGGAGAAGAGAACCGCAAUACUUCAGGGAUAUGAAAUUGAUGCUUCCAAACUGGGAGGAUGGACCUUGGACAAGCAUCACGCCCUCAACAUCCAGAGUGGUAUACUACAUAAAGGAAAUGGAGAGAACCAGUUUGUAUCUCAGCAGCCACCUGUCAUUGGGAGCAUCAUGGGGAAUGGACGGAGGCGAAGCAUUUCAUGUCCCAGUUGUAAUGGCCUUGCCGAUGGCAACAAGCUUCUGGCUCCGGUGGCCCUUGCCUGUGGCUCAGAUGGAAGCCUCUAUGUUGGUGAUUUCAACUAUAUUCGGAGGAUCUUCCCCUCUGGCAAUGUCACCAACAUCCUGGAAUUAAGAAAUAAAGAUUUCAGACAUAGUCAUAGUCCUGCUCAUAAGUACUACCUGACAACAGACCCCAUCACUGGAUCCAUUUUCCUAUCUGACACCAACAGUCGGCGGGUCUUUAAGGUCAAGUCAACCACAGUCGUGAAGGAUGUCGUCAAGAACGCGGAGGUGGUGGCGGGGACGGGAGAUCAGUGCCUUCCCUUUGAUGACACUCGCUGUGGUGAUGGUGGGAAAGCAACAGAAGCCACGCUCACCAAUCCCAGGGGCAUUACAGUGGACAAGUUUGGGCUGAUCUACUUUGUGGACGGCACCAUGAUCAGACGCAUUGAUCAGAAUGGGAUCAUCUCCACUCUCCUGGGAUCCAAUGACCUGACGUCUGCCCGACCUCUCAGCUGUGACUCCGUCAUGGAUAUCUCUCAGGUUCGUCUAGAGUGGCCCACUGACUUGGCGAUCAACCCAAUGGAUAACUCCCUCUACGUUCUUGACAACAACGUGGUCCUGCAGAUCUCUGAGAACCAUCAAGUCCGCAUUGUUGCAGGGAGACCCAUGCACUGCCAGGUCCCUGGUAUUGACCAUUUCUUACUAAGCAAGGUGGCAGUCCAUGCAACGCUGGAGUCUGCCACAGCCCUGGCUGUCUCUCACACUGGGGUCCUGUACAUUGCAGAGACUGAUGAAAAGAAAAUCAACCGCAUCAGACAGGUCACCACCAAUGGGGAGAUCUCCCUGGUGGCCGGGGCUCCCAGUGGCUGCGACUGCAAGAACGAUGCUAACUGUGACUGCUUCUCUGGGGACGAUGGGUAUGCCAAGGAUGCUAAGUUGAAUUCCCCCUCUUCCCUCGCUGUGUGUGCUGAUGGGGAGCUCUAUGUCGCUGACCUGGGAAACAUUAGGAUCCGCUUUAUCCGGAAAAACAAGCCCUUCUUAAACACCCAGAAUUUGUAUGAGUUGUCUUCCCCCAUUGACCAGGAGCUCUACUUGUUUGACACCAGUGGCAAGCAUCUGUACACCCAGAGCCUCCCCACUGGAGAUUACCUGUACAACUUCACUUACACAGGGGACGGGGACAUCACCCUCAUCACAGAUAACAACGGCAACAUAGUGAACGUGCGCAGGGACUCCACUGGGAUGCCUCUCUGGCUGGUGGUCCCAGAUGGCCAGGUGUACUGGGUGACAAUGGGCACUAACAGUGCCCUCAAAAGUGUGACAACCCAAGGGCAUGAGCUGGCCCAAAUGACGUACCAUGGCAAUUCUGGUCUCCUCGCAACCAAAAGCAAUGAAAAUGGAUGGACAACGUUUUAUGAGUAUGACAGCUUUGGCCGCCUGACAAACGUGACGUUCCCCACUGGCCAGGUGAGCAGCUUCCGCAGUGACACUGACAGCUCGGUGCACGUCCAGGUGGAAACAUCCAGCAAGGAUGAUGUGACGAUAACCACCAAUCUGUCAGCCUCCGGUGCCUUCUAUACACUGCUCCAGGACCAAGUCCGAAAUAGCUACUACCUGGGUGCUGAUGGCUCCCUGAGGCUGAUGCUGGCCAAUGGCAUGGAAGUGGCCUUGCAGACCGAGCCCCACCUGUUGGCUGGCACUGUCAACCCCACAGUGGGCAAGAGGAACGUGACGCUGCCCAUUGAUAAUGGGCUCAAUCUUGUGGAAUGGAGACAGCGCAAAGAGCAGGCCAGGGGCCAGGUCACUGUCUUUGGACGCCGGCUACGGGUUCACAACCGAAACCUCCUGUCCCUGGACUUUGACCGAGUGACUCGGACAGAAAAGAUCUACGAUGACCACCGCAAGUUUACGCUCCGGAUCCUGUACGACCAGGCUGGGAGGCCCAGCCUCUGGUCCCCCAGCAGUCGGCUGAACGGCGUCAACGUGACCUACUCCCCAGGGGGCCACAUUGCAGGCAUCCAGAGGGGCACCAUGUCAGAAAGGAUGGAGUAUGACCAAGCAGGCCGCAUCACAUCCAGGAUCUUUGCCGACGGGAAGUCCUGGAGCUACACAUACCUGGAGAAGUCCAUGAUGCUGCUUCUCCACAGCCAGCGCCAGUACAUCUUUGAGUUUGACAAGAACGACCGCCUGUCUUCAGUGACCAUGCCCAACGUGGCGCGGCAGACCCUGGAGACCAUCCGCUCCGUCGGCUACUACCGGAACAUCUACCGGCCCCCCGAGGGCAACGCCUCGGUCCUGCAGGACUUCACCGAGGACGGGCAGCUGCUGCACACCUCCUACCUGGGCACGGGCCGCAGGGUGAUCUACAAGUACGGGAAGCUGUCCAAGCUGGCCGAGGUGCUCUACGACACCACCAAGGUCGCCUUCACCUACGACGAGACGGCAGGCAUGCUCAAGACCAUCAACCUGCAGAACGAGGGCUUCACCUGCACCAUCCGCUACCGGCAGAUCGGGCCCCUCAUCGACCGCCAGAUCUUCCGCUUCACGGAGGAGGGCAUGGUGAACGCACGCUUCGACUACAACUACGACAACAGCUUUCGGGUCACCAGCAUGCAGGCCGUGAUCAACGAGACGCCCCUGCCCAUCGACCUCUACCGCUACGACGACGUGUCCGGAAAGACCGAGCAGUUCGGCAAGUUCGGCGUCAUCUACUACGACAUCAACCAGAUCAUCACCACGGCCGUCAUGACCCACACCAAGCACUUUGACGCCUACGGGAGGAUGAAGGAGGUCCAGUACGAGAUCUUCCGCUCCCUCAUGUACUGGAUGACGGUGCAGUACGACAACAUGGGGCGGGUGGUGAAGAAGGAGCUGAAGGUGGGCCCCUACGCCAACACCACGCGCUACUCCUACGAGUACGACGCCGACGGGCAGCUGCAGACCGUGUCCAUCAACGACAAGCCCCUCUGGCGCUACAGCUACGACCUCAACGGGAACCUGCACCUGCUGAGCCCCGGGAACAGCGCCCGCCUCACCCCGCUGAGGUACGACCUCAGGGACCGCAUCACGCGGCUGGGGGACGUCCAGUACAGGAUGGACGAGGACGGCUUCCUGCGGCAGAGGGGCGGCGACGUCUUUGAGUACAACUCGGCGGGCCUGCUCGUCAAGGCCUACAACCGCGCCGGCGGCUGGAGCGUCCGCUACCGCUACGACGGGCUCGGGAGGCGGGUCUCCAGCAAGUCCAGCCACGGCCACCACCUGCAGUUCUUCUACGCGGACCUGACCAACCCCACCAAGGUCACCCACCUGUACAACCACUCCAGCUCGGAGAUCGCCUCCCUCUACUACGACCUGCAGGGCCACCUGUUCGCCAUGGAGCUCAGCAGCGGAGACGAGUUCUACAUAGCCUGCGACAACAUCGGGACCCCGCUGGCCGUGUUCAGCGGCACUGGCCUGAUGAUCAAGCAGGUCCUGUACACGGCCUACGGGGAGAUCUACAUGGACACCAACCCCAACUUCCAGGUCAUUAUCGGCUACCACGGGGGCCUCUAUGACCCGCUCACCAAGCUGGUCCACAUGGGCAAGAGGGACUACGAUGUGCUGGCCGGCCGGUGGACCAGCCCGGACCACGAGCUGUGGAAGCGCCUCAGGAGCAACAACGUCAUGCCCUUCAACCUCUACAUGUUUAAAAACAACAACCCCAUAAGCAACGCUCAGGAUAUCAAGUGCUACAUGACAGAUGUCAACAGCUGGCUCCUUACCUUUGGAUUUCAGCUGCACAAUGUGAUUCCUGGAUAUCCCAAGCCGGAUACAGAUGCUAUGGAACCUUCCUAUGAGCUUAUCCACACACAGAUGAAAACGCAGGAGUGGGACAAUAGCAAGUCCAUCCUUGGAGUGCAGUGUGAGGUUCAGAGGCAGCUAAAAUCCUUUGUCACCCUGGAACGGUUUGAGCAGAUCUACGGUUCCCACAUCGUCGGCUGCCAGCAGUCCCAGGAGACCAAGAAAUUCGCCUCGGGCGGCUCAGUCUUCGGCAAGGGAGUAAAAUUUGCCAUGAAGGAUGGUCGCGUGGCUACCGAUAUCAUCAGCACAGCCAACGAGGACGGCCGCAGGAUCGCAGCCAUCCUGAACAACGCUCACUACCUGGAGAACUUGCACUUCACGAUCGAGGGCGUGGACACGCACUACUUUGUGAAACAGGGGCCCUCGGAGAGUGACCUGGCCAUCCUGGGCCUCAGUGGGGGACGGCGGACCCUGGAGAACGGGGUCAACGUCACGGUCUCCCAGAUCAACACAGUGCUUAAUGGCAGGACUAGACGCUACACAGACAUCCAGCUGCAGUACGGUGCGCUGUGCUUGAACACCCGCUACGGGACCAGCCUGGACGAGGAGAAGGCGCGCGUGCUGGAGCUGGCCAGACAGAGGGCCGUGGGCCAGGCCUGGGUCCGAGAACAGCAGAGACUGCGGGAAGGGGAGGAGGGCCUCCGCUCCUGGACAGAGGGGGAGAAGCAGCAGGUGCUGAGCAGCGGGCGGGUGCAAGGCUAUGAUGGAUACUUUGUCAUCUCGGUGGAACAGUACCCAGAACUGGCCGACAGCGCCAGCAACAUUCACUUCAUGAGACAGAGUGAGAUGGGCAGAAGGUGACAGAGAGGGUCGGAGCAUUCACUUCUUGCCAAAGACAGCUACUCUCUUGUGGCCACUUACCUGACUGUGUUGUACUCGGGAAAAAUGAAAACAAACAAACAAAAAAACAGACAAAAAAAAAGAAAAAAAAGAUUUUUUUUUCUUAAUGAGCUCAGAAAAGAAAAAAAAAAAAAAAGAUUGGUUGCACGGUAACUCAUGCAACAUCCUUUUUUUUUUUAAUUUGGCCUUCACAUGUUUUUUGCAAAGAACAGAAGGUAUUUUUUUUUCCCGUAGUGUGAUCAAAGUGAAAACUUUGCUGUCUCUUGUUCCUUUUUUUAUGUUGUGAUUUGGGGUCGUGUUUUAUUUUCUUUUUAUUUUUUUGUCUUUCUCCCUUGGGAGGCAUUUUCAGAUGAGUGGGUCAGUGUCUUAUCCUAAGUAGUUGGUCAAUCAGAAGUUAGCCCAGAGUAUGUGUGUGUGUGUAUGCUACCUGGUCCCAUCCCAGGCCUGGGCUUCUGAAGACAAGAGGGAAAGGUGGGAUGGAAAGAGAGAGAAAACCACACCCCAGUGCACUUAUUUAAAGUUUCCAGGGGCCUGGCUGGGUCCACUGGGUGGAAGCAGCAGGGAGGGGAGUCCUACCGAAUCUUUGAAUCCUUGGUAGGGCCCUUGUGCCUCCAUGUGACCCCCGUCCAGUACUUUGUGCCUCUGGAGACCCAAAAAAACCAGCAUGUCCCUUUGCUGGAGGCCAGGGUGACAUUCAGCACCCGUGGGCCCCAGGCUAAGACCCAACUUUAGAUCUUGAAACCAGAUAUGUAAGACCACCACCAUCCCCCCUCCCCACCUUCUCUGUAAAACUUGCAAAACUUGUUAAGCUUUUCAGCUAAGAAAAGCUUUUCCUUUUGCUCCCCAGUCUAGUGAUGGAGCAGUACAGUAGCAGUCAAGCAAGUCCCCCACCCUUUCCUGGCCUUGGAUGAUAUGGGGAUUAGACUAGAUCGUUUCUAAUUCCCCUUCCAGCCCUAACAUUCCACAAGUCUGAGAACUCAGUGCUCAAGGUUGAGCUCUCCUGGGGUGCUAGGUGCCAGAUGUAACUGGCACCUCGUAUUAGCCAUGUUCCUUAUUUUUGAGGCCGUGGUUGGGUUCCCUAGCUGGUUCCACUAUUCCCCAUAAUCAGAGGUGAGAUAAGAUAAGCAGGGAGGGAGGGCUAAUAUGUCCCAAUAAAGGAAACUUCCCGCCACAAGCAGAAGAUCUUGUAUACAGUAGGCAUUUAAUAAAUGGUGAUUCCAAUGAAAUGAUAGAUGUGGCAGUGGAGUUUCAAAUUUGCCUUUCUUCUCAAAGUCUCUUUGAUGUGUCCAGUCUAGGGUUGAGGGACUAUGGGGAAUAAGGAAAUGUUAGUAAGGGUAGUCCACAAAAGGAUUGUCAUAACACCUAGGUGCUAUUCACAAGCAGGAAAAAAAGAUUUGCAGGGUCCAGAAAGAAAGUGGAAUGCAGAGAGGCAAAAUACUUAGGGAGAGAAAUGUCUUUCUGAUAAGUUGAUUGAGGGAAAAGUCCUGAGCCAGAAAUGACUAUAUCAAUAUCUAUCUAUCUAUAUCUAUGUGUGUAUAUAUAUAUAUGCAUAUAGAUAUUUAUAUAGAUAUAUGAAAAUUCAUAGGCCCCUCAAAAAAGACUGGUAUAUAACAGAUUAGCUGGGUGACUACCUGUAAGUGCUGUGGAAUGGGUCAUGGAAUAACUAAUGCUGGGGGGAGGGAAUGGGAGAAAGGGAAGGGCAUUCCUGGAAAUAACUCUGACUGGACAGGAACCCUAGAGGCAGCAUGCUUAGUGGAAGGGACUUUGGAGCUGGAGUUUCAAAGACUUGAGUUCAACUGAUAUCUCACCUGUAUGACAUAAGCAAGUCAUUUUACAGCUUUAGAACCUCAUUUUUCAUUUGUAAAGAAUUGGCUGGCAGCCCAAAGCCCUGUUCAGCUCUCCCAUAGUUGGGGUUUUUUGGUGUUUUUGUUUUUGUUUUUUGAAGAGACAGACAGACUGCCUGCUGAAAACCUUACUUAAUUAACAUGUCAAUGUAUUUUGAACUGAAGUGCCCCCAGAGCCGCUAAGAGCAUCGCUCACCCUCCAUGAGCCUGCCCUCACUGGAUCAGGGCUGACCACCAGUCAGAAGUAGGGCAAUCCAGCAGGGAGAGAAAUGAAGUUUCCAGACGGAUUCCUUUUCCCCCAGGAGAAGUGCUAUGGGCCUGCUGUUGGGGAUGGUCAUAGAGUAGGGGCAAUGUGGGUCAGCCAUGAUUUGGGAGCCCUUGGCAAGCCAAAAACUGAUGGGUAUCCAGGAAGGAGAUGGGCCAAAGGGAGCCAAGCGUCCCCUACUCUGUGUAUACAUGCGUGUGUUUGUGUGUAUGAGAAAGUGUUUGUAGCACACUCAUAUUAAGCUUGUGCUGUCAGCAAAGAGUUCCUUUCCUUGUUCACACACUCCAUUGCCAUGGCCAUUAUUGUGUGAGGGGGGCAGAACAAGAAGCUACCACCUUCUUUUGGGGGCUGGCUUGUUGAAAAAUGGGCCUUUUGUGGUAGCAAAUGGGUUUCAUUUACAUUAAGUGUGGAAAAUGGAUUUCAAGUCUGAGCUAUUCCCAGUGGAAACCUUGUUGGACUGAUAAGCUCUCGGUACCUUUAUAGCCUUACUCACGGAGUCUUCAGAUUAUUACACAAGCUAAUGAAAGCAGACUGGUCUCUUGAUUUCCAAAAGCCUGUGCACCUUGUAGUCUGUGCUAGGCCAAGAACUAGGGGACAGUUCAAAUCUGCCUGAUGGAAAUGGAAUUUAUUUGCCUUCGGUUUUCAGGUGGGGGGAGCAGAUGUGAGAGAUUAUGUUUAACUGGGUGCUCUCCAGGUUAAAGAAAAAAAAAAAAAAACAGAAGUCACGCUACUGUGAAAAUGGACUUUGGGUCUGUCCACUUAUUUUACUGCCACCUCUAAUCCAGAGCUCUGCUGAAUUAAAAGACAUUCCUUGAACAUUGUCAGGGGAUUAGUGCCAGCCAUCCAAGCUGGACACCCAGCUCUGUCUGGCCAUAUCUGCUUUAAGGUGCAACAAAGUGGGAUGAAACCCAAAGAAUUCUGGAUGGGACUUUCAGUCCCAGAUCUGUCACUGACUUGCUCUGUGACGUGGGACACUUUCCCUUAGGAGACCUAAGUGAAGCUACUGUACUAGAUGAUCUGAGGUCCUUCCACCUCUGAUAACAUAUGGAUCUGUUCAUCUUGUUCAGAAAAAUGUCAGGUGUGCUACCCCUUGUGUACUUCAGUCUCUAAAAUGCCCCUUGGUGAUAGCCAGUACAUGAUGACAGGGGUAAUGUCACUAUUGGUGACUCUAAUGGAAUGCCUACUGGCCCCUUAGCCCUCCUCAGUAAGAAGAAACUAUUAGGAUCACCCACUGCAAGCUGCAAAGACAGCAAAGUGACUAAAAUCAUUGCCAAAAAUCUAAAUAUCUGAAGUUCUGCCAUGCUUAACCUUUGGUUUGGAAGCACUGGAAAGUCUCUUGCAUUAAGUGAUUAUCCAUUGUUACUUUUCAGCUACGUUAUGGAUAAUCUCAGUAGAAUAAAGAAUGUUUUAAAAAUUUAAGUGGUUCCACAAUGAAAUGAGCCACCUCAUUGGGCAGCAAGUUUCCCAUCCCUGAGAGGGGAAUGACCUACCAAGAAUAGUGUAUAGGGUGGUCCUGUUCAGUCAGAGGUUGGACUGGAUAACCUGCAAAGUUUGUUCUCCUCCUGGGCUUUUGUAAUUUGUGAUUCUCAUAUAUAGUAAAGGAGCAUCAGCAGCCCUAAAUGGGAACAGAAGGAUCUUAGAAUGUCAGUGAGGAGUGAAAUACCUGAAAGGUUAUCCUGUCCACCCCAUAUCCUUCCUCUACAAUAGCCAGAAUUACCCAACAAGCACUAUGCUACCAAUUCUCAUUGCAAAAGUCAUUUGUUGCAUCCAUACCCUUUUGAGUUGUCUUUUUCUGAAGGAUGGUGGGUAGUUCAUGCUGAACUGCCUGCUCCAUUAUCCAGAUCCCUCUGUGACCAGCAGCACAUUUUAUGAGAUGGCCAAUCAGGUUUUACAUGUAGCAUACAAGCUUAGGAAAAACUAACUCUUUAGGCAAAGCUAAAAAUCCCAACCAGUGACUUGAUCCAUGACCUGAGCUUUUUAAGGACUGGGCUCAGUCCAAAGUUAAAGAAGCCAGAUCAAAGCUUUCACAAAAUAUAUUGGGGUUGCCCCAAAAAGAAUGAUUUCUCAUCACAAAAUGUCUUCCAAGUAAUGAUGAAAUAAAAUACCUGGGAAUGGGGAUGCCUUGGGAAAGAUUCCUCUUGCGUGGGUUAACCUGUAUAACUUCUGGGGUCGUUCUGACUUUUAUAGUCUGUGAUUCUACAGUUCAGUUCUGAGGCAAUCAAAGCGCCUCCUUUGGUUGUGACACUCAUUCUUGGGUACUUGCAUUAUAUUGAUCACUGACUAGAGAAGGUAGUUAACUAUAGGAUGAAUCCUCCAUCUUGUACCCCAACCCACCCAUAUAUACACCUUUGACCUGGUACCUCAGCUAGGAUGCAAAGUUCUUUCUUUGCAUUGAGCUCAUUGAGCAAGACCUUGGUUUUUUUCCCCAAUGUUUUUAGUCAAGUGAGGAGCAAUAUAUUUUACCCAGAAGAGAAACAUUGAACUGCAGAGGCUGGGAAAGAGGCAGAUAGUGGAGCAAGUUCUUAAAUAAUGCUGCUUUCAUGCAGAGACCCUGCCACUCAUCUCUCAGAGAUAGCAGCUGAGACUCAGAGCCCUGAGAAUUUAAUUUCUACAUUAAGAAUCAAUGAUGUGAAGCUACCCCCGGGAAAAUAGGAGACAUUGAGAACCAAAGAGGGCUGCUAUGAAACACAGGUCCUUUUUUCAUUGAGAGGAUCAUGGGCAAAGGUGAGGAGGGGAGAGGAAUGUGUUUGGUCUGUUACAGACACAAGGAUCAAUCAAAAAAUAUUUAAAAAGAAUAAAGGACCUUUUCAGCUGCGACUUGUAAGUGUCACCCUGAUGGAUUGCAGAAAGAUCCAUUAUACAGAGACAAGGCUCUUAACGUGAAAUUUUAGAAUUUGAUUUUACGAUCUCCAGCGAGGGCACGUCAUAUUUGCAGCAGUCUGUUUUGCUUCAGCCAGUGCGUAAUUGAAACUUGGGCACACAGGCUUCACACUGGUUUGCCUCAAGGCCAUAUCAGAGGGAUAAACACUCAGCAGCAGUGAGGCUCCCGGUCCUGUUAGUGAGGUCCAAAGCCUAGUUCCACUGCUUGCCAGGGUCUGGGCAGGGGGAAGAUAUCUCAGACUAGUUGAUACCCAGUCCACUUGACAGCAACUGACCCUUUGGUGAAAUGAACUAGAGCCCAUGAUUUGAAGGGAUUCGAAGCAGUCGAGACCUUUCCAAGUCUAACCUUUUCCAAAGUUCAUUCCUUUGAACUCCUGGGGACAGAAAGACCUUUAAUUUGGGGUGUAUGAGUCACAGUCAAGUUUAUUUAUUUGUCCCAUUGGAAUAAACAUCUUGUAGGAAAGGGAGCAGAACAAGUGUUCAAUAGGUAAAGAGUUUCAUUUAACCUUGGUAGCAGCAGCAAACUCUAGGAGCAGAUACCUUGCUUGGGUGAUUCCCACCAACUGUAUAAUUUUCAUCUUCAACUUUCCCUUUGAAACCAAUUUGUUUAUAAGAGACAGAGGGGUACAUGAGUAGACAUGGGCCUGGUGAGAUCCCCAGUUCUGUUACUAAAUGGCGAGUCAAGGUAAGCUUAAAGUGACAGAUGGCAGUGAAAUGGUUGGGGAAUGCAAGGCUAGAAAUGUCUUUUCUUACCCCAUUGGUAAGCCUUACAGCUGCUCUCAAGAAAGUUUAUCUAUCUGGACACCUCCCAAUGGGCUCCAGGACACGUCCUGGGAGGAUACCAGAUGGACCACAGGAAAACUGAACUCACAGCAGCUCUGGCCCAAAAGGAGGCACAGGUAGAGAACUGCAACCCCUACCUGAGAAAGCAAAUCAUGGAAUCACCUUUUCUAACCUGGCCUACUAAUUUUGCGUGAGGACUUCUGAAUCUGCAGCUUGGAUGAAAGAGACUUUGUGUCAGAGCUGCCUUGUGAAAACCCACACUGGAGAACCCGACAUUGCUGUGUGUAAUAGUUUUCCUGAAGUCUGGAACUAAUUUUGAGAAAUUUUUUUUUCUCGACACCUUGUGUUUCUAACACUGUAUUCUUGACUAUGUAAAUACCGGGCAAGGCUGUAAAUAAAUGCAGAUGUAGAUACCUUCUAGAAAAACAAAAACAAGAAAAACAAAAAACAGAAGUGAUCCUGUGUAGCCUUCGGUGACAAAUAAAAGAAUAUUUUGUGUUUAAA